CCAAUCGCGUGGCUCGGACGGACACACAAACUUCCGUCGCUUCGCCGCUGCUAGCUCGGAGGCAGUUUUAAAUGCAGCGAACCAAACAGAAACAGAAACAAAACAAAAGCCAAAGUUAUUUCCUCCAGAAGCAGCGGGUUGGUCUCGUCUCCUGCGCCCGGCCUGACCCGAGCAGAGUGUGUGUUAUGGUGUUAUGACCGAGCAGCCGGCAGAAUAACGGCCAACUGUCAGUGUUAGCUAGCGGCCGUUAGCCUGCUAAGCUAACCGGAGCGGUGAUGUGAAGCCCGGCGGUGUUUGGGUUCAGCAGGAAAAUCCUCCAACUUUAACAUGGAGGAGGCUGUCAAAGGUAAGGCCAAGAGGAGGCACCUGAACGCAGAGGAGUGCAGCGAGCUGGUGAGGAGGCCAGAGGGCAGCGGCGCGCUCACGCAGCCCCAGACGCUCCGCUGCCAGCAGGGCAAACACGACCCCAACAGGGGGCUUUACCCCCGGACGCCCACCAAGAGACGCAAGCACGAGAGUCCGUCCCCUCAGCAGAAAGGCAUCACCAGCUUCUUCUCUGUGACGGGAGUGGUCAGCUCCAGCCCGCGCAAAUCUGCCUCCAGCGCACAUGGACUCCAGGCGGAGCUGAAAGAGGCCAAAGAAGAGGAGGACGAUGAUGAGGAUGAGGAUGAGGAUGAUGAUGUCAGCCUCCUGGCCACCCCUUUAAAGCAGGACCCCGAGGAGGAGGAGGAGGAGGAGGAGGAGGUGGACUAUCUGGAGGGAAUCACAGCAGAGAUGUUCGGGGAUGACGAGGAGUUUGAUCGCUGUGAUGGCGUCUCGAGCAGCCGGGAGCACACCAGGCCGGAGGAGGAGGAGGAGGAGGAGGUGGAGGCUCUGCCGGACGCUCACUUCGGCCUGCUGGGCAGCAGCAGCCGCCUGCAGGAGCCUCAGGGCUGCAUGGACGACCUCCCAGAGGAGGUGCUGAGGCAGCUGCUGAGCCUCCUGCCGGCACAGGACCUUUACCGCAACGCCGCCCGGGUCUGCCACCGCUGGAGGGACGUCGUCACCGACCCCAAGUUCUUGCCCCUGAAGAAGCAGUACUUCCGCUACGUGAUGGCAGAGGAGAACACGGUGCGGGAGAUCAACAGCCUCCUGACGAACAGCAGCGUCCUGGACAGCACAAAGUCCCAUCUCAGCGUGCGACACCUGGUCGUUGUGAUGGCCCAGCACAAGCUCGGUGAGCGAGUGCGACCGGAGGACGUCCUGCGGUGUGUGAAGAAACAUCGUCUGUUUCCUCAGGCCGAGUCCUGCCUCCGGCUGCGGAUUCCUGACGUUCAGAAACACAUCGGCCUCGGCAUCGAGGGUCCCAACCCGUACGCAGCCAUGGCGGUCAUCCUGAUCUUAAGCGAGGGAGUCGGCGACGUCCAGGCGCUGGUGUCCCUGCUGUCCGGCUGCCUGUCGCACACCGCCGUCACAGAAUACCUCAGCCACAUGGCCACCAUGCUGCUCGCCAUGAUGAGGAACGGCGUCCGCAUCAGCAACAGGGUUCAUUACAACAUCUUCUACGUGCUUCACCUGAUGGAGAACGUUCCUCCGUCUGUCGGCUGCGAUCACAACGGGCGGCCGCAGGUCCACGUGACCCACGAGCAGCAGCAGAUCCUGAGCCACGACAUUGAGCCGGACCAGGUGGUGAAGAUCAUGGCCUUCGCAGGCACGGGCAAGACGACCACGCUGGUGAAGUACGCCGAGCAGAGGCCGCACCUCCGCUUCCUCUACGUGGCCUUCAACAAGUCGGUGGCCGUCCAGGCGCAGCGCUGCUUCCCCAGCAACGUGGCCUGCAAGACCGUCCACUCGCUGGCCUUCAACGACGAAGGCAGGAGGUACCAUAUUCGUAGGAAGUUGGCGUCCGGCCUGCGUCCGUUCUCCAUCUCCUGGGUUCUGCCCAAAGGUCGUGGCGGCUUCAUCCACGCCAAGGUCAUAACCACCACCCUCAACGCCUUCAUGGCCUCGGCAGACCGCAGCAUCAGCGAGCACCACGUGCCCUACAACCGCAAGAACAACAAAGGCAAAAUGGAGCCCAUCUCAGGCGCUGAGAAAAUGGAGUACGCCACGGAGGCCUGGCGCAUCUGGAGCAAAAUGAAAGAUCCCAACGAGACGCGUGAACAGGCCUAUCACAUGACCCACGAUGGUUACCUGAAGCUGUGGCAGCUCAGAACCCCAAGGCCCUGCCUGUCCGACCAAUACGACGUCAUCUUCAUCGACGAGGCUCAGGACUGCACACCAGCCAUCAUGGACGUCCUCCUGUCUCAGCACUGUGGCAAGAUUUUGGUCGGAGAUCCUCACCAGCAGAUCUACACCUUCAGAGGCGCCGUCAACGCCCUGCGCAUUGUGCAGCACACACACCUCUACUACCUCACACAGAGCUUCCGCUUCGGCCCGGAGAUCGCCUACGUGGGCGCCACCCUCCUCGCCGUGUGCAAGAACGUCCAGAAGAUCCUCGUAGGAGGAAACCAGGCCGGCAGUGUGUAUGGUGAGAGUGAGGAAACCAUGGCGACGGCGAGGUCGGGUGUCAGUCGCGCUCCAGGGAAGACGGCCAUCUUAUCGCGGUGCAACGCCACCGUGUUCAGCGAAGCUGUCCGGCUCACCGACGCCAACCCAAACUGCCGCAUACACUUUGUGGGGGGUUUGGCGAACGCCGGCCUCGACAAGAUCAUGGACAUCUGGCUGCUGAGGUCCGGAGGCAGACCAGGAAAAUCCAUCAGGGACGCCUUCAUCCGCCGCUUCCUCAAGUCCAGCCUGGACGGCUACCUGGGCCUGAAGAGGUACGCCGAGCAGACCGAGGACCGCGAGCUGGAGACCAAACUCGCCGUGGUGGAGAAGUACAACGGCCGCAUCCCCGAGCUGGUGGCCCGCCUCCAGAGCUGCUACGAGGGCAACUACCACGACGCAGACUUCAUCCUGGGGACGGUGCACAAAGCCAAAGGCCUGGAGUUCCACACGGUGAUGAUCACCGACGACUUCGUCAAGAUCCCCUGCGCCCGGCACGACCUGCACCGCGUCUCCGGCUUCCGCUGGGAUGAAGUGCCUGAGGACGAGUGGAACCUGCUGUACGUGGCGGUGACCCGGGCCAAAACCUCCCUCGCCAUGACCAGGAACAUCAGCUACUUCCUCACUCUGGCCGGGGAGUACUUCCUGACGUCGGCGACGACCGGCUCCCUGCUGAAGGAGGGGCUGCCCCCCCGCUGCUCCACCGCCGGCUGUCCCAACUCCAUCAGCGCCGACUCCGCCUUCACCAUGUGCAAACGGCCCAUGAGAUACACGGACGGCGUGCGUUCCGCCGGCCCGCUGUGCGAGCGCUGCGUGUGGAAACGCGUCGGCCCGACCGCCUUCCUCAUGACGGACCACCUCCAGAGACGGUCGGAGCCGCCGGAGCCUCUGGGCCUGCCCGUCCACCACGACCUGCUGAUGCUGCUGUUCUGAGCGCCCUCCUCAGGUGAGCUUUGCUCCUCCGGGCGGAGGGAUACAGGAAGAGCAGAAGUUACCGGACCUCCUUCUGCUGAGGCACGGAGGAGUUCAACCUGCUGACCAGGACUCACUGGAAGCAGAACUGUCGGUGUGUUUUUAAUUUUUUUUAUUUGAAUUUUUUUAAAGACACUUUUGAUUUGGUGGACAGAGGCGGCGCUGCAGACUGCUGUCACACCGACACACCUGUUGUUUUAUCUUUGUUUUUUGUUUUUUUCUAUGAGAGAACAACAAGCUGUAUUUUCAAACUCCUGUCCAGGUGCCCUUGAGCAAGGCAGCUCAUCGACCAAACAGCAGAGGACUGUGUUCGUACCGCAGCCGCUGUGUGAACUGUGUGAAAAGAAAGAAAGAAAGGAAAUAUCCCCUCUGUACAGCGGUGCAAACUCAAAUAAAAGAGAAAGCAAACGAGCUGCAGAUCUGUCUGAUUUGAAACUCAACAGGAGGUGGCGUGGUCAUGGGGGCGGGGCUUAGCGCAGGGAGCGAGCAGUCAAUCAAAAGUGUAAACCAAUGGGAGGUCAGUUAGGGAGAGAGAGGCAGGUUUGUCAUUGGUUGUAGUGAACCAGGUUCGCUGUGAUGUCACCGUUAAAGAUGUGGAACUACGCAGUGUCAGAUUUCUUUUCUAGGUUGGCAGGUUGAUCCUCUGAGCCCCAUGAAAUCCUGUUUAUCUGAACU